CAUUACACCAUUGAAGAUAUGGCAGAAGAGUCAAAGGCAUCAAAAUGGGAAGGCAAAUCUAUUGUUGAGCUUCAAAGCACAAGUGCAAAUCAAACAUGGCCUUUACUAGAGGAUUUCUUCAACCUACACAACUUGAUCCCAAUAGACACUUGCUACCAAGUUGAGAGUGUUGAAGGCCACCCUGGCCCCACACGCUAUUGUGCUUCCGCUCCUAAAGAUGAUCAUGUGUUGUGGGUCAAAGAGAGGCUGCUUGCCGUUGACCAAGGUCAACGAUGUUUGUCCUAUGAUGUUGUUGAUGGCAACUUGGGCUUCAAGAACUAUGUGGGCACAAUCAAGGUUGUGCCUUCAUCAUUGGAAGGUUGCAAGAUCGAGUGGAGCUUUGUGUGUGAUCCAAUGGAAUCUUGGAGUUUCAAAGAUCUCAAUUCUUACAUAGAUUCCACUCUUCAGUUCAUGGCCAAGAAGAUUGAGCUUGCAUGCUCCAAGGCAAGCGUCUGAAAUUAACUAGGAUUUGAUUAUUAUGCCAGAAUAAUAUAUUUGAUGCUGUUUGUUGUUUUCGAUCUUGUACCUUUAAAUGACAUUAUACUUUUGAGAGAUGUGAAAGAAAUAAAGGAAAAUUUUAUGGUAGUGCUUAAA